AUGAAGGAUUUUGGAGCUGCAGCGAAAGGCGGUUUGAUCAUCGUCGCACUUGUUGCAAGCCUAGUUACCUUUCCAGUAGCGACGUCUGCUGCUAAUAUCACCGCCACUGUCUUCAGCACUGCGGGUACUUUCCUGUUUGCGAAUGCGCUGCAAUAUGCCGGUCUCGCGGGCAUAUUCAGUGACUCCAGCCUCAAUAUUACAGUUUUCGCUCCUUCAGACGAGGCUUUUUACAGCGCACUGGGUAUGCUAGGACUGACCCAGGCGGGCCUGGCUGGAAACGCCGCAUUGAUGGCCCCUAUCUUGCUAUACCAUGUUGUCGCGCCAGCCCUAAAUACUUCUGCCUUGAGCGCUGCUGGAGUCCAGCGCUAUCCGAAUGUACUGGGGCCUUUCCGGGAUUCUGGGAGCUCUUUGGAAGUCGACCCUUCAGACGCAUUAAGCAUCAAGAUCUCGUCGAUCGGUACUGACGCCAGAAUCAUCAACGCGAACGUUUCCGCGGGUAAUUCCACAAUCCACGUGAUCAACAGCGUCCUUUUGCCCUUCUACCCGUCUAUCUCCGCGGCUUUUGUGCGCAAUCCAGAGCUGACGACGCUCCUCGGCCUGGUGGCCCAGAAUGCACCGAAUCUGAUCGCUGAACGGUUCGGACCCACGGCCGAGCUUACUAUCUUCGCACCCAAGAACUCGGCCUUCAGCACCCCGCUAACAACGAACAGCGCGGCCAUGGCCCGAUUGCUUCAAAAUCCGUUUGGCGUGUACUACAUAUUGGGCUAUCACGUGGUGCCAAAUGAAGUCAUUUUCAACGCUACGGCGGCGACCGAGGCCGGCACCGCGACUGUCACCACGCUGACGUGA